GGGGCUACAAAAUGAGUUAGAAAUAUUUAAAAAAGUUAAUGAGAAAAGUUCUGGAAUAAAAAGUGUCCCAUACCUUUUAUGAACCCUGAAGAUUGAAUUGAGGAAGACCAUUCUGUACAUAUAAAGGGAAAUACUUGGAGAAUGAAAACUUUUACCCCCAAACUUUAUUCUAAUUUUUUAAAUUUAGGUUUUGAAUUGGGCAUUUGACAGUAAGGAAUUUAAACGUUUAAAAAGUUCACACAUUUUCUCUUUUAGACAUGUACCCGAAUAUAUCCCCAUAUUAUCCACAUUGUGCUCUCAUUUUUGCUAUACUGAUUGUUUUCUUUCUCUUCAAUUUUUGGCAGUUAAAUAUUUCCUUAUGCUUCCGGGAUUAUUUGAAUGAGAUUCUUCGUUCUGGCAUUUCGACUAAUGGAAGCACAGGAAACAGUAGUUGUGGAUUUGACAGUAACAAUUCUUCUGUUUUGCCACUUUGUACCAUCUCCUGCGUCAAAGGUACAUUGCAACACCCUCAAUGCAGAAUCAUCAACAGAUCGCCUUUAACUUUGCUUGAUUACGAUGAAGGAAAAAGUGACAAGCUCCCCUCUCCUUCAAAUAAUUCACAAAAGAUAGCUAUGUUGUGGCAUUCACCUUCCAUAAAACGUGGAGUAAAAAUUCCUCAAAGCACCAGAACACCGCCUCCAAUCUCCAUUUCAGGUGGACAACGACUAAAAUCGGGAGAAACACAAAGACAAUUUGCAACUAGAUAAAUUGUGAGUUGUCUAAUUAAGUUGACAAAAAGAGCUUUACUGAACGUUUGCAAAAAAUUAAAGUUCAAAAAAUAUUGUAAAUUUUGUAUUUAUUUUUUUUCUAUUUAAUUGUACUUUGCCUUGAAUUUUUCAAUUUUUAUUCACCGAAAACAAAAUAUUUUUUAAAAAUACAUAACUUUAAAUGGUUUACUUCCAUUACAGGACUUCU